AUGGACCCUUUUGAUAUCGAAGCCUACUUCCAAAAACGUGAUGUUGAAGACACUUAUAUCGUCAACCGAUUUAUUCAGCGUCGAAAAAAACUAGAGGAAGGUAGUGCAUCUCGUACUAGAAAAUAUUUCAAUAGAGAUCAUGCAGCGGCAAACCAAAGACUAAUUGACGACUACUUUGCCAAUGAGCCUACAUACAACGAUAUAAUGUUUCGUCGUCGGUACCGGAUACAAAAACACGUUUUCCUUCGAAUCGUUGGAGACCUUUUAAGUAGUGAUAACUACUUCACCCAACGAAUUGAUGCAACCAAUAAAGAAGGUAUAUCACCGUUAGCAAAAUGUACCACAACAAUGCGAAUGUUAGCAUAUGGUGCGGCAACAGAUGCGGUCGAUGAAUACAUCAAAAUAGGAAGUAGUACAACAUUGGAGUGCUUACUUAGAUUCUGCAAAGGAAUCAUACGACUGUACGAGCAAGUGUACUUGAGAGCACCAACCCAAGAUGACCUGCAAAGAAUACUACAUAUUAGUGAAAUGCGGGGGUUCCCAGGGAUGAUCGGGAACCGGUCAAUAGUGUUUGAUGAUGUGGAACAAGGAAAGGUUGCAAGGGUGAAUUACUUUGUGAAUCAACGUCCCUAUAAUAUGACAUACUAUCUAGCUGAUGAUAUCUACCAUUCUUAUCCAACUUUCGUCAAAUCAAUUAGACUUCCUCAAAGUGAACCCGAUAAGUUAUUUGCAAAACAUCAGGAGGCAUGUCGGAAGGACAUCGAACGUGCUUUUGGAGUGCUUCAAGCUCGAUUUAAAAUCAUCCGUGAACCAACUCGUUUGUGGGACAUAGCCGAUUUGGGUAUCAUCAUGAGGUCAUGCAUCAUAGUACAUAAUAUGAUUGUUGAGGAUGAACGAGAUACAUAUGCUCAAUGUUGGACCGAUUUUGAGCAACCUGGGGGAAGUGGAUCUAGUACACCGCAACCAUACUCGACCGAGGUGUUACCAACUUUUGCAAAUCAUGUGCGUGCUAGAUCCGAGUUGCGUGAUCCAGAUGUUCAUCACAAAUUGCAAGCAGAUCUAGUGAAACACAUAUGGAUAAAGUUUGGAAUGUAUUGUGAUUGA